CCCAGUCCGCUCGCGCAUCAGGUCCAGCACACACCCAGGGAUCCUUUUAACUCAAACACCUAAGAGACAAUGCAUCUGUCUCAGAUUGUGCUGUAUCUCAGCCUGCUCAUUGCUUUGGGUCCAGUAGUUCUGAGUGACCAAGAGCCGCACCAGCAGCCCUCCGCCUCUAACCCGGAGGACGCGGAGGACGCGGAGCAGUGCGCCACCUGCGAUGUCCGGCAGCAGAUCAAAACCAUGAGACUAAACGCGAUUAAAUCUCAGAUUUUGAGCAAACUGCGGAUGAAAGAAGCUCCGAACAUUAGCCGAGACAUCGUGAAGCAGCUACUGCCCAAAGCGCCGCCGCUGCAGCAGCUCCUCGACCAGUACGACGUGCUGGGAGAUGACAACAGAGAGGUGGUUAUGGAGGAGGACGACGAGCAUGCCACCACGGAGACGAUGAUGAUGAUAGCCACUGAACCCGAGUCCGUCGCCCAAGUGGAUGGGGAACCAAAGUGCUGCUUUUUCUCUUUUGCUCAAAAGUUUCAAGCCAACCGCAUAGUGCGCGCUCAGCUAUGGGUGCAUCUGCGCCCUGCGGACGAGGCGACCACGGUGUUCCUGCAGAUCUCCCGCCUGAUGCCGGUCACAGACGGGAGCAGGCACAUACGCAUCCGCUCCCUGAAGAUCGACGUGAAUGCCGGGGUCAGCUCUUGGCAGAGUAUAGACGUCAAACAGGUUCUGGCAGUGUGGCUGCGGCAGCCGGAGACCAACUGGGGCAUCGAGAUUAACGCAUUCGAUUCGCGGGGAAAUGAUCUGGCCGUGACCUCCACAGAGCCUGGAGAGGAAGGACUGCAACCGUUCAUGGAGGUGAAGAUCUCUGAGGGCCCCAAGCGCCUCAGGAGAGACUCGGGCCUGGACUGUGACGAGAACUCUCCCGAGUCCCGCUGCUGCCGCUACCCGCUCACUGUGGACUUUGAAGACUUUGGCUGGGACUGGAUUAUUGCCCCAAAGCGCUACAAGGCCAACUAUUGCUCCGGGGAGUGUGAGUACAUGCACUUGCAGAAGUAUCCGCACACCCACCUGGUGAACAAGGCCAACCCCAGAGGGACCGCAGGCCCUUGCUGCACCCCCACCAAGAUGUCGCCCAUCAACAUGCUCUACUUUAACCGAAAAGAACAGAUCAUCUACGGCAAGAUCCCUUCCAUGGUGGUGGAUCGUUGUGGAUGCUCUUGAGUUGGAACGGAGAUCCUGGCGAGAAGGACGGGGGACGGCACAGCUCAGUCCGCCCUCCAUCUUCAGACUUUUUGACACAACCAACCCACCAGCUCCAAUGCUUUCCUGCAGAACACGGUGCAAUAGAACCAGAUUAGAAACAGCCUGACCUUCGGCAGGGCAGCGCUUUCACACCCGCCACAGCUCUUACUUUUCUUUCCACCCCUUGAAAUCUUAGCCAUAGAGGCUUCAGGUCAAAUGGCUGUGGAAAACACACACACACACACACACACCUGCUGGACCUUGGAGUGAAUGUAGAAAGGAUCAAAGUUAUUCAAAACUUGUUUUCCUCUGUAUUCUGUGCUGUCCAUUUAUAUCCACAUGCCGACAGAUUAUACUCAUACGCCAUCCACUCCACUCAUACAAGCUGUUAAACUCUCUGCUAAGCUGUGUGAUGCUCGAUAAUCAUGUUAGAGUAAAACUCUUCACUUUUUAAAAGUUUUUGGAGACUUUUAGAGUGGUAUUUCAUUCUGGUGGAACACAAAGGUUCAUAGGAGUCGAUAAAAAUAUGAAAACUGAUUCUUUUUAUAGCCUCUUAAAUAACCCUGGUCAAACAUUGCAACAUAAGUAAUUUGGAAAAUCAUCUUUCUAGCAUAGGAUCAAACUUAAAUGUGUUGUGGUUGACCAUUCCUAUAAACAAUGUUCCACCUGUGUGAAGCACCACUAAAGGUCUCAACACGUCUUUGUGUACAAACCCGACCAAGGAGUGUUCUUGCUCAGCAUUAUCUUCACUCUCCUACACAAUAGCCUGACCUGCCCGACACACUUGAACUAUUCUGAUUGUAAAUUCACAUGACUGGACAGGAAGGACUUGAACUGAAGGCACAAUGAAUGCAGCCUACAAAUAAAGAAUGUGUUUAAGACAGAGGAAAUGAGAUGUGUGAAUUUUGAGAUCAUGCUUAAACUCUGUCUCACCAACAACACAGUUUGCACUAUGGCACACCAAUAGAAAAAAUUGGUUGCUACAAAAGUUGUAAAAACUGAUUUUGAUAUGUUUGCUCAUUUGUAUUGUAUACAUAUGCCAUUGUUUCCAUAAGGAGUUGCCUUUCUAAACCACUGUUGGUAAAUGUAUAAAACCACAAUCUAGCAAGAUGAAAGAUGUAAUACAGAAACUCUAUAUACUUGUUUUAACAAAUAAAGUUUAUGCUUGUUU